AGUUGUUGAAACCCUAAGCCUGAGGAUACGAGCUGAGCCACUCAAACUCUCCUGUUGAAGCACAGAAGGAGGACUCUGAGAGAAUAUCUUUACGUCACAGAAACAGGCUGGACCCAGGCUUUAUCUCACAGAUUCUCAAGCUGUUGACCCUUGUUUUAGACUAUUGGGAUCCUGUUUGUCGCUUCCUGUCUGGCUUUGCUGAGCGAUGAAGAUCCCUCUGUGGUACCUGGCAGUGCUGCUGGUGUGUCUCUUCACCCCUGGACGCAGUGACUGCCCGGGGGACUGCGUGGCCUGCGGUCUGCUCCUGCAGCAGCAGCAGCAGCUGCAGCAAGCUUUCAACACCAUGGUGUGCUUGCUGGAGUGCGAGGGUCACGUCUCUGCUUCGAUCACAUGGGAGGUCUGUAAACGUGCUGUCAAGCUAUCGCACCAUCCAACACUUUCUGAGGUAGGCGCUUUGUUCAAGAGAACCGGAGAGGAGCUGGAGCUGACCUCUCUUGACCUGAACUCGGACAGUGAACUGCUGCAGUCUGCAACCGCAGAGCGCUUCCAGGAGGGAGAGCAGGAGGAGUCACCCUUUGAGCAGCGCAGUGCCCAGUAUGACUCAUCACUGCUGGAAUCCUCCGAGGAGGGGGAGGGCCUGCAGGGCCUGGAUCUCAGUCUGGAAGAGAGGAAGCAGAGGGAGGAGAGGAAUUUGGAGAGUGACAGCCAGCUAGAGGUGGAAGAAGAUGAUGGCUCGGAGGCUAUCACCUUAUCCAAACGCUUUGGUGGCUUUCAGAGGGGGCGCCACGGGUACAGGAAGCUGAUUGGCUCGCCCAUGAGGCCCCUACAAAAGCGCUAUGGCGGUUUCAUAGGUGUCCGGAAAUCUGCCCGCAAAUGGAACAGUCAGAAACGUGUGAACCAGCUGCUCAGGCAGUACCUGGGUAUGAGGAGCAGCCGCAGCGGCAGGCUCACCAACGCCCCUGUAAAUCGGGUGUGGAGGCAAAACAAACUGUAAUGUAUUUCUGUUGCUCUCACUACCCCAGUUACCUCGACCAAUCAUGUUUCCAGCAGCUAACUCCAAUUUGAAGUGUGACGUCACCAACAGACUCCGCCAUCUUGCUGCACCUCUCUCUGUGUCUCUCAGUAAUGACGAAUGUUUUGACCUUGAUGUCCUUCUUAUUAAGCAUAUUUUCAUGCCAUUCUGUGAAAUAAAAGAAUUAGAGAAGUGCAAUUGAAUAUAUUUUUGUGUGUUGGUGUAACAAAGGGGCCAAAUGAUAUCGGAAAACUGGUUCACUGCGAACUUAUCACCAGAGGUAAGACCUGAGGGCGUGACAUUUAAAAUCAUGUUUAAUGCACUUUCAUAAAUGUGUGGAUGGGACUGAAGUAGCUUCAGUGGUUUUUUUGCACUUGUAGUUUGUGUUUUGAGAGCUGUUACUAAUGUCCAGCUCUCAUGUAAUAGACUUAAUUUUGCUACAUAUUUGUCCUUUUAAAAUGACCUAUAAUUAUAUUAUAUAUCAUAUAUCAUUUAUAUUGUUAUUUUUAUCAAGACAAGAAUUAUAUUUAAUUGGACCAGCAUGGUUGGACAGUGCUGAAGCACAAACUGUUAAUUACUAGUUAAAGCAUCACAUUUUCUGCCUGAGGAACUUAAUUAAUUAAACACAACGGAAGUAGAAUUGGUUUUCUGAAAGCACCAAAGCUCAGCGUCCCCCUGAAACA